GAAAGAGUGGGGUCUAAAGAGAACACAGUCGAAAAUCUCCAAGCCUUUGCGGGAGAGAGAGAGAGAGUGGGGACCAUUGACGGUUUCUUCUGCUUCUCCCGCUUAUUUUUUUGUAACAGUGGUGUCUUUCUUGCUCAGAAGGUCCUGCAACUGAGCGUGCCCUAGACAGAGCGUUGGAUUGAUUUCAAGCAAGUAAGGGUUGAGCACUUCUUUGGAUCAAGACAGCAGACAACAUGUUCCGUAGAUGGCAUCACAGUCAUGACCAUCCUGAGCCGGGUGUAGAGAACGAAGCUAAGCAGGUCAAUGAGUUGAAAGCAGCUAUCGGGCCUCUAACUGGACACACUUUACAGUUCUGCACUGAUGCAUGCCUAAAGCGAUAUCUGGAAGCUCGCAAUUGGAAUAUUGACAAGGCCAAGAACAUGUUGGAAGAGACGUUGAAGUGGAGGUCAACCUAUAAGCCAGAGGAAAUCCGUUGGCAUGAAGUUACUGUUGAGGGUGAAACUGGUAAAGUAUACAGAGCAAACUUUCAUGAUCGACAUGGGAGGACUGUCCUUGUGUUGAGGCCAGGAAAGCAGAAUACUUCAUCACAUGAUAACCAACUCCGUCACCUGGUUUAUCUCAUAGAAAAUGCCAUCCUUAAUUUACCAGAGGAUCAAGAACAGAUGGUUUGGUUAAUAGACUUCACAGGGUGGUCCUUAUCAAAUUCUGUCCCCAUCAAGACUGCCCGUGAAACUGCAAAUGUUUUACAGAAUCACUAUCCCGAGAGGCUUGCUGUGGCAUUCCUUUACAAUCCUCCUAGGAUCUUUGAAACCUUUUGGAAGAUAGUGAAGUAUUUUCUGGAUCCGAAGACAUCUGAGAAGGUGAAAUUUGUGUACCCAAAGAAAGACGAGAGUGCUGAGCUGAUGCGCCAUCACUUUGACACUGAUAUGCUUCCAACUGCACUCGGGGGCCGAGACAAUUCCCAAUAUGACCACGAUGAGUUCUCUAAACUUAUGACUUUGGACGAUGCCAAAGCAGUGGGAGUGUGGAAAUUGGACGAUAACGUUCACAAUAAUAAACUUGGCCCUCUGAAGAAUGGUUAUUCAUUGGUGGAGGGGGAAGCAAAGGCCAGUGUUCCUCCUGCUAGCUAGCUCGAGGUGGGGCCAAAAGUCUUAAAAACCGUUCUAAACAUCAUGGACCUCUGGAUAAGUAUAUCUAUAGGUACUAACAUGAGAGGCAAGGCCACAGGCGGGAUCUAAGAGAUCCCAUUUUUAUGAGUUUUAAAAGGGUACCAUUCGGCACAAUUAUGAAUUAAAGGCUGGAACCAAUACCGUUCCUCCCCUGCUUCUACUAGUAACCGCUUCUUUUCUUCCCUUUAUUUUGAGACUGGUUUUCACUUUUCUUUCAUGGAAAGAGAGAAUAUCAUUGGAGGGUUGGAUUAUUUUGACAAGAGGGAUUUUGAGAAUGCAUC